CCACGGCUGUAUGCCUCAUUCCAGUGCACAGAGCAAGGCAGACGGUCCACAGCAGCAACCAGCGCUGAUCAAUCCGCUCAGGGAAUAAAUACCGUACCAAUUAAAACCCAGCUUCUGAGGUAUCGUUUGUCAGUGGACGCAGGCGGGUUCUCAGUUGUUUUUUUUCUUCUUGCAUGGACUACACGCACUGUAACGGUGGUGUCACAAGUGCGUCUUUCUCUUUUGUUGUGACCCAACAGAAAGUGGUUUUAGGAUAUUCCUCGCAGUGUGCGUUGUAUAUUUUUGGGGGUUUCUCGGUGACUUCAGGAGGGAAAUCCUGAUUGUGGAACUACUGCGCCAAUGGUGUGGUCCCGGACUGGACUCCCUGCUCGCAGCUGAUCCGCUCCGUGCGCAGAGGAGGACACCAGAGGAGUUCUGCUACCGGUUCCUCUGGUUCUAUUAAAAGGCGCGUUGGAGAUAAAGAGAAGACGACGGCUUCUAUGUUUUUCACGACCUGCAUGGUGCCAUUUCUUCCCAUAAACGCGCACCUUUUGGCUUUUUGCUGAAUGGUUCCGUGGGCAUAACAAGGUUGGAACUUCAAGGAGCGGACUGUGCGUGGAGUGUGACCAGCUCGGGAUUGUACACCGUCCAUCUCGUGGUUCUGUUUACAUGAGCGCCUUAUGACAAUGGAUUACAUUCUGCUCUUGUGCAGCUUCUUGCUGCCCGUAGCCACUGCAGUUGAAGAGACACUGAUGGACACCAAGUGGGCCACUACAGAAUUAGCCUGGACUUCGCACCCUGAGACUGGGUGGGAAGAAGUGAGUGGCUAUGAUGAUGCCAUGAAUCCCAUCCGGACUUAUCAAGUAUGUAACGUAAGAGAGCUCAACCAGAAUAACUGGCUACGCAGUGACUUUAUCCCGAGGAAGGAUGUGCUGCGCGUAUAUGUGGAGAUGAAAUUCACAGUGCGUGACUGCAACAGCAUCCCAAACAUCCCAGGCUCCUGCAAAGAGACCUUCAACCUCUUCUACUAUGAGUCCGACUCAGACUCAGCCACAGCAACCAGUCCCUUCUGGAUGGAAAACCCAUAUGUGAAAGUGGACACCAUUGCCCCGGAUACAAGCUUUUCCAAGCUCGAUUCCGGACUGGUUAACACUAAAGUCAGAAGUUUUGGGCCACUGUCCAAAGCCGGGUUCUACUUGGCCUUCCAGGACCUUGGGGCUUGCAUGUCACUCAUCUCAGUGAGGGUGUUUUAUAAGAAGUGCUCCACCACGAUUGCAAACUUUGCAGUUUUUCCAGAAACAGCAACUGGAGCCGAGGCAACGUCUCUGGUGAUUGCACCUGGAACUUGUGUCCCCAAUGCCUUGGAGGUGUCUGUGCCUCUAAAGCUGUACUGCAAUGGAGAUGGGGAAUGGAUGGUUCCUGUGGGUGCCUGCACCUGCUCGGCUGGCUUUGAACCAGCCAUGACGGAUACACAGUGCCAAGCUUGCAGUCCCGGCACCUUCAAGUACAAGCAAGGGGAAGGCUUCUGCUUGCCUUGUCCCGCAAACAGCCGUGCCAGUGCUGGAGCGGCAAGCAUUUGCUCCUGUCGAAACGGUUACUACCGCUCAGACACAGACACACCAGACUCCCCAUGCACAACUGUUCCCUCCGCCCCUCGCAAUGUCAUCUCCAGUGUGAAUGAAACCUCACUUGUACUGGAAUGGAGUGAACCACGGGAUCUGGGCGGCCGCGAUGAUACCUUCUACAACGUCAUUUGUAAGAAGUGCCUGCCCGAACGGGGAAUGUGUUCCCGCUGCGAUGACAACGUGGAUAUCUCGCCACGUCACCUGGGUUUGACCCAGCGUAGAGUGGCGGUGCGCAACCUGCAAGCCCAUACCCAGUACAGCUUUGAGAUCCAGGCUGUGAAUGGAGUUUCCAACAAAAGCCCUUACACACCUCAGUUUUCUGCUGUGAACAUCACCACCAAUCAAGCCGCACCGUCUGCGGUACCCACAGUUCAUCUAAUGGCAGCCACAGCGAGCACCAUGAGCCUGUCCUGGCUCCCUCCAGAAAAACCCAACGGAAUCAUUUUGGAUUAUGAGAUUAAGUACCAUGAGAAGGUAAGAACUAAUGAUCAGGGUGAAGCCAUUGCUCAUACAAUGACGGCCCAACGGAGCAAUGCCCGCAUUGAAGGUCUCAAGGCUGGUACGCCUUAUGUGGUGCAGGUUCGAGCACGAACAGUGGCUGGGUAUGGCCGCUAUAGCAGCCCAGCUGACUUCAGUACCAACCUGCAAACUGACCCACCAAAACUGUGGCAGGAGCAACUACCCCUCAUUGUAGGAUCAGCCACUGCAGUAUUCGUCUUCAUCAUUGCUGUUGUGGUCAUCGCCAUUGUCUGCCUCAGAAAGCAAAGAAAUGGUUCAGAGUCAGAAUACACAGAGAAACUACAGCAAUACAAAUCUCCUAUAGUCACUCCGGGAAUGAAGGUCUACAUUGACCCGUUCACCUACGAGGACCCCAACGAAGCCGUGAGGGAGUUUGCCAAAGAGAUUGAUGUCUCCUGCGUGAAGAUCGAGGAGGUCAUCGGCGCAGGUAACCCACCAAAGCUCCUGAGCUACAGGGGGAAGACUGCUAGUCACCUCCAGGCCAUACCGUUAGAGGACUUCACACCAAGCGGUACUUUCACUCAAUUCAUCGGAGAGUUUGGUGAGGUAUGCCGCGGUCGCCUCAAGCUUCCCGGCCGCCGUGAGAUCAUUGUUGCCAUCAAGACUCUCAAAGUGGGCUACACUGACCGACAGAGGAGAGACUUCCUCUCAGAGGCAUCAAUCAUGGGCCAGUUUGACCACCCUAAUAUCAUCCGCUUGGAAGGCGUGGUCACCAAGAGUCGACCAGUGAUGAUUGUGACAGAGUUCAUGGAAAAUGGGGCCCUGGAUUCGUUCCUAAGGCUCAAUGACGGGCAGUUCACAGUGAUUCAGCUUGUUGGCAUGCUGCGUGGCAUCGCAGCAGGCAUGAAGUACCUGUCAGAUAUGAAUUACGUACACAGAGACUUGGCUGCCCGGAACAUCCUGGUCAACAGUAAUCUGGUGUGCAAGGUUUCUGACUUCGGCCUAUCUCGUUUCCUUGAGGAUGACCCAUCAGACCCCACAUACACAAGCUCACUGUAUUUCAUGCUCACCUACUCAUUCGCAUAUCCACAGGGAGGGAAGAUUCCUAUUCGAUGGACGGCACCAGAGGCGAUUGCCUACAGGAAGUUUACCUCAGCAAGUGACGUGUGGAGCUAUGGCAUUGUCAUGUGGGAAGUGAUGUCAUAUGGAGAGCGGCCGUAUUGGGACAUGAGCAAUCAAGAUGUGAUAAAUGCAGUGGAGCAGGACUAUCGACUUCCCCCGCCAAUGGACUGCCCCACAGCACUACAUCAACUCAUGUUAGACUGCUGGGUGAAAGAACGCAACCUACGGCCAAAAUUCACCCAGAUUGUUGCCACCCUGGAUAAACUAAUCCGCAAUGCCGCCAGCCUCAAAGUUGUCACCAACAGCACACAGUCUACUGGGGUAUCCCAACCCUUGCUUGACCGCUGCGUGCCAGACUAUACAACAUUCACCACUGUGGGAGAUUGGCUGGACGCAAUCAAGAUGAGCCGCUACCAUGACAAUUUCAUCAAUGCUGGAUUUGCUUCCUUUGACCUGGUUGCCCAGAUGACAGCAGAAGACUUGCUGCGGAUAGGGGUUACAUUGGCCGGCCACCAGAAGAAGAUUCUCGGUAGCAUUCAGGACAUGAGAUUACAGAUGAACCAAACACUUCCUGUCCAGGUGUGAGGAAAAGACAUCCACAGUGGUGCAGUCGCAAGACGACCAGUUUGAGGAAGGAAAGGGGGAGGAACCGUGCCAGAUCGAGCCAUUGGAAAAAUCCAAGCUGCCUGACCCAUCUCUGCCAAUUAGACACUACAAAACUGACUUGCAGUGCCUCAAACUUGUUUACUCUUUGUUUUUCACCACUACCACUUCCCCGUUUUAUGUUAUUCAUCAUGUGCAUUUUUCUAUUCAAUCACAAUUUGUGCGUGUUCUGAAAGAGGAGUCAGUUUACACAUCCCGUUUGCACCUCACAAGCUCUGGUUGUAGGCUGACUUUGCAUGAUCGUGUGUUUUAUGGAGCUUGGCUUUGGUAAGUGAAAUGUCACAGUGAUCCUGAUCUGAGAGCCCCCUUCCCUCUGCCCCUCAACCCAGCUUUGAUGGACAUAACCAGUAGCAAAGAAUUAACAUGCUGGAAGGCAAAAGGGGACAGGGGACAAUUCUUUCCCAGAAGUUGUUUCACUGUGCAUGUGGUUUUCUCCAUCUUCAUAUUGAAGGUGUGUUAUCUAAAAGGGCACUUGCUGAGGAAGGGUGAGGUACUAUGGCGGACUCAAGUAAAACAUAAGGGUUCAUUAUGGAGGUCUGUCAAAUGCUUGUUCAAGGACAGUUGCACUCUUGACCUGAAGGAGGGUUUUUAUGAGAUCAGGAUCACAUGCUCAUCAACUGGUUCAUUUUUUUUCCUCUUCUUUUUAGUCCACAUUGAACUUUUCCCUUUCUUUUUGACUUUAUUACAUUUUAGGGAGAUUUGUGGUUUUCAAAUGGCUGGUCAAACUGAAUUACCCCAAGUGGACUCUUUCUGUGAGACGGGGACACAAGGUGUGGCAACACAAUAGACAAGACCACUAGGCCUUUUUAGUGUGUGUGUGUGUGUGUGGGCGCGUGUGUGUGUGUGUUUGAGAGGACGUGUAAUUAAGUGUGCUUGGAUGUGCAGGUGUGUCACGUUGCACACAAGUAUACUGUACAAUACAGCUUCCGCUAUUUGCCACUGUGGAGAAUUAACGCAUGAACUGAACCAUGACGAGGAGCAAUUAUAUCUGGAACAAUUAUGCUAUAUUCUGUGGACAACUGUUAAAAACAUCCCUUUUUUUAUGGAAUCACAAACUUUGGAAAAACAUAUACGUAUAUGCAUAUAAAGUAUGCAGAGGAACCCAUUAUGGACAGCUUUCUACUUACUAGUACCUGGAUUCAGAAAUAAUCAAGAAUAUUGUUUUAAUUUGUUGACAUCCUUCCCUAUGUAUUUAUUUGUUCCCCCAUCCCCUCUCCCACACUUCCCUACCACCACUUACCAGAUGGCUUGCAAGACCAUUUGGAAAAGUGGACUUGAAACAAUCAGAUGGAAACGCAAAGAGGGUUCAGCUGAUGAUGAUGAUGAUGAUGAUUAAAUAAAUGACAUACGUAUACAGUA